AGUUACGUCAUUCCACGUGACCUUGUGUUUUCACAGGGCCUGUGGGUGCUUGUUUUCACGGGGCCUGGGGUGCUUGUUUAACUUGAUUGCGUUUUUUUUAUAUACUGGCCAGGAGAUUUUUUUUUAUCACACGAGUAUUUUACACAUUGUUUUUCUGUCUGUCGUUAAAAGCCAAGAUGUCUUUGUUUGGGAAAUUGUUUGGUAGCAGUGGCAAAGGAGGGAAAGCUCCUAGUCCUCAAGAAGCUAUACAGCGACUUCGAGAUACAGAGGAGAUGUUGACGAAGAAACAAGAAUUUUUGGAAAAAAAGAUCGAACAAGAACUACUUACGGCAAAGCGAAAUGGCACAAAGAACAAAAGAGCUGCACUACAAGCAUUGAAGCGGAAGAAGAGAUAUGAGAAGCAGUUGGCUCAAAUUGAUGGAACGUUGUCCACCAUUGAGUUCCAGAGGGAGGCGCUGGAGAAUGCCAACACUAACACUGAGGUCAUCAAGAACAUGGGCUUUGCUGCUAAGGCCAUGAAAGCUGCUCAUGAUAACAUGGACAUAGACAAAGUUGACGAUCUCAUGCAGGAUAUCACAGAGCAGCAGGAGUUGGCACAAGAAAUCUCUGAUGCAAUUUCAAAACCUGUUGGGUUUAGUGAGGAUUUUGAUGAGGAUGAACUGCUGGCUGAAUUGGAGGAGCUAGAGCAGGAAGAGCUAGAUAAGAACCUGCUGGAGAUUAGGGACACAGAGAAUGUACUGCUGCCAAACGUACCUUCCACAUCCUUACCUUCUAGACCAGCAGGAAAGAAAAGAGAAGAGGAGGAGGAUGAUGACAUGAAAGACCUGGAGGCUUGGGCCGCCAAUUAACCGGCUGCUGUUCAAAAAAGAAUACACACAAACAGUUGGUGGUUUAGUGCAAAGUCAUUUGGACUAAUGAAUAUAAAGAACUAUAUAAAAUACUACUAUUCCAAAUACAUCCUGCCACACUUUAUAGAAUUUCAUCACAAGUUAUCAAGCAUGAUAAUGUACUGGUUUGUCCAGUAUGUGCACAUAGUGAAGAGCUUGUAGCAACUUGAUGACUGUGUCUGUAAUGAUGCAGACUGAUUUGUACAGGAUGAAAACACAUUUGUAUGUUUUCAUUAACUUAUUGAAUUAGUUUCUGUUAAAAUGUAUUGAAUUAUACUGUUUUUUUCUUUCUUGUAGAGAUAAUACAGUGAUGUAAUGGUGGUUAAUAAAGGUUAGGCUUUAUGGGUUGUGAACUGCUGGGGGUAGUUAAUGUUUUGUUUUUUUGUUUUUUUAAAUAUUGUUCACGUAAGAAAAUUUUCCUCUACUGCAGUGAGACGGCAUGUUUAUAUAAUGUUUAAAGUCAGAGAAGCUCAAAAACGAUUUGAUAACCAAGCAGAGAGGAACUAGUAGCCCCCCUUUUAAUUUUUUUGUUUGUUUUGUCUAUAUUUUAUGAUGUUUCUUUUUAUUUCACAGUACAUUCACACAUGAAAUAUGCUGUAUGGCUACAUGUAAUAUAAUACUGCAGUAGAACAUGUACGCCAACCAGGCAUAACAUUUAUGAAUGGUGAAGUAAAUAACACUGAUUAUCUCGUCAUCAUGGUAUUUGUUAGUGGGUGGGCACGAUUAGGCAUGAAGUGAACAUUUUGUCCUCAAAUUUGAUGUGUGAUGUGAAGCAGGAAAAAUGGGGAAGUGUAAGGAUUUGAGUGAGUUUGACAAGGGCCAAAAUUGUGAGGGCUAAACAACUAAAUCAGAGCAUCUCCAAAACUACAGUGGUCAGUAUUAACCAAAAUUGGUCCAAGGAAGGAACAGUGGUGAACUGGCGACAGGGUCAUGGGCUGCUAAGAUGCACAUGGAGAGUGAAGGCUGGCCUGUGUGGUCUAACCCAACAGACAAGCUACUUGUUGACAAGUUAAUGCUGUUAAUGCCUGACGAGUCAGGACUGUUUUGGCAGCAAAAGAAGGACCAACACAGUAUUAGGCAGGUGGUCAUAAUGUUAUGCCAGUUUGGUGUAUAUACAGUUCUAUGCAAGAGUUUUAGGCAGUUGUGGAACAAUUCUGUAAAGUGAGAAUGCUUUCAAAAAAGUGUUAAUUUAUUUUCCAUCAAUUAACAAAAAGAAGAGAGUUUAAAUCAAUAUUUGGGUUGUGGAACACACCGAAAAAACUAAAAAAACACCCGACCCAGCUGUAGUUUUGUCUACAGGUUACAAAACUUGGUAACAAGUGCACUGAUUGAAGAGGCUUGUGUUCAAUAAAUAAACAAUAAAUGUUUAAUUUA